GGGGCGGGCGGGCGGCACGGUCCUGCUGCGCAGGCCGGCCUCGCUGGCAGGUGCUCCGUGCCGACCUCCCAACGCGCCUGCAGGCUCCUUCCGCAAAGUUUGCGGGCGGGAGGAGGAGGAGGAGGAGGGAGCCGCGGUGGGACUGCAGUAGCCGGGCUGGAGAUGCCGCUGAUCAGCCUCCUGCCAGCGGCGGGGCUGCGGCAGCGCCGCUGAACCCGCGCUGGCUGCCCGCCCGCCGGGGCGCCUCUUCCUCCGGGGACUGAAGGGACCGAGCAGGCCGCUCCGCUCUCCUGGGGGGCUCGCCUCUUCCCGGGGUCCGGAUUCGGCUCCUUAGGGACUCUGCCCUUUGCUGCCACCGGGGCUGCGGCGUGUAGUCCUGCCCCGCUCCCAGCUCCGCCGCUGCCGUCCGCCCCCCGCGCCGGCCGGGCGGGUCGGUGCCCGCUGCCCCCGCAGCCCCCACGGCUGCAUGACCGCCGCGGUCUCCGCACGUCUGGAUUCGGUGGAGUCCUGGGCCUUCCAUGCGCUGCUGGUGCUGCCCUAUAUGUUUUACGUGGGCUUGUUCUUUGUCAACGUGCUGAUCCUGUACUAUGCCUUCCUGAUGGAGUACAUCGUCCUCAAUGUGGGCAUCGUUUUCCUGCCCGAGGAUAUGGACCAGGCUCUGGUGGAUCUGGGGAUGCUCUCUGACCCUGGCUCCGUGCUCUACGAGACGGACAGCGAGCUGGAUGUCUUUGACGGGUACUUGGAGUGACGGCCCAGGGCGCUCCGAAACGACUGAGCUCUGCCGCCGCCUGGCCCGGGGCAGGGGCCCGCCGUGCCCGCAUGGCCGCAGCUCCGGGAGCCCCGCGGCCCCGGAGUGCCCUCGCUGCGUCGCGGCUCCUUCUGCGCAUCUUCCCUUCCAAAUGACACACUCCCCGCUGGUGCAGGGGCCACAGGGACAGCCGGGACCCGCUGCCACCGGGCAGGCCCGCAGAGACGCAGAGGGCUCCCAAGGGAAAUUCAGUAAACACCUGAAAUGGAUUAUGACCAGGCUAAUGGAUCAAGUCCUGGAAAGAAACUAUACUCUGAAAUGCAGAGAUGAAAAUAAGGACAAGAGAACAAGAAGAAGAGUUGUCAUCAGAUCUUGUCAGUUGUGACUUCUCUUCACGGUCUUUGCCUCUUGUGUGUGCACUUACUGCAGUGUUCAUGCACCAUACUGGGCUUCCAUAGGUAAUUCUAGGAUGGACUAUAUGAAAAAAUAAGAUAAACUAUGUUCCAUUGUAACAGAAAAUCAGGAUGUUACCCAGAUUUGAUAAACUUUUGAAUGAAUACCAUGUCACCAAAAUGGACACACUCCACAUAUAGCUUAAGCCAGUUUUACAAUCACACGUUGAAAAUUCUACCAGCCAGUAGUUCAAAGGCAGUGCUUUCUCAGGGGAAAAUAUGCAGGAGUGACUGAAGGAGGUUCUGUUCAGGGAGUAUUAUGGCAAGAACUGUGCUAGUAACAUAUUUUAUUUAAAAUGAGAGUUUUGAAAUAGAUCAGAGAGAGAAUUUUAUAUAAGUCAGGUGGAUUCAUUAUUUAACACAGGAUACUUUGCAGAUUGUUUAAGCUCACGUUCCUAUGUACAGAUGUGAAAGCAAUACAAUAAAGACUGACCUUUUCCAUGAAAAAU